CGACUUUUUGCUUUGUACUUGGCUGACGAGGGAGUGUAGGCCAGUAUGUUCGAGGCCCGUAUGUUUGAGGCCCGUAUGUUCGAGGCCCAUAUGCUCGAGGCAUCGGUAUGAUGUUCCGGAUCCCGGGUAGAUUUCCUUUCUAUAACAAAGGGCCGCCUUCCGAUGGUUGGCAGUUUGAGUUUGUCACCGUAUUACGAUACGCUUCACUCACUCGUAGCAGCUUUGGCUCAACGCCAGUUCAUUCGUUACUGUCACUCUCUUUGCAAUGAAACUUUCCCCAACAAAGGCACUCGUGCCUUGUCUGGCGUUUGGCCAUCUCGCUAUGGCGGACCCAGGCCCCUUCCAGGUGGUCCCGAACCCCGGCGGGUUCAACAUGUUCAAUGCCGCCUUCGGGGGCACAGGACUGUGGGAGACUGAUAUAGUCUAUCAAGGUGCUGGUAGUGGUGGAACUUUCACUAACGGGCCAGAGUUUAUGGGAGAAGGUAUUAUACUAACAACAGGGUCGGCUUCAGGAGCUGAACAGGGGGGAGAUGCCAACGUUGACGCUGGGAGACAAGGCAGUUCUUACUGUUCUCCUGGGUUUGACGAAACAUUGUACAAGGUAUACUUCGACGUCCCGGGGGAUGUCCGAACCAUAGUCGUCAAUUACGUCUUUGCAACGGCAGAGCGAGAUUCCAAUACCGACUUCGAACUGCGAAAACGACUCGUGACAAAGAGACGAGUUCGUCAGGACAAGAUGAUCAUUUCAUUCGACGGCGGCAUGGAAGUCGAAAGUCUAUCUUCCGAUGACGACGCAGUGACGUUCCGAAACACAGAGAUGUCGUACCCACGUUCGACGGAGUUGCGGAGCUUCACGCUUGCGACAUUCCCCGGAAUACACAGCCUGGUGUUCGCCAUCUGCGACGAGAAUGACCAUGAAUUUGAUUCGGCCUUGCUGUUCAAUGUAGAAACCGAACGCAGUAGGAUUGUAGCUCGUGCGGACACCACUCCUACCACCACGCCUGUGAACACUCCUACGACCACUUCAACAACCACUUCGGAAAGCACUGAGAGUACUUCGGAAAGUACUACGACUACCUCUGAAAGUGAUACGACUACUUCUGAAAGUACGACGAGCACUUCCGAGAGUACGACGAGCACUUCCGAGAGUACUACCAGCACUCCAGUUGACACCACUACUUCUGAGAGCACUACCAGCACUGCGGUUGAUACCACUACAACGUCUGAGAGCACGACCAGCACCCCCGUUGACACGACUACUGAGUCUGAGAGCACUACCAGCACUCCGGUUGACACGACUACUGAGUCUGAGAGCACUACCAGCACUCCGGUUGAUACGACUACUGAGUCUGAGAGCACUACCAGCACUCCGGUUGACACGACUACUACGUCUGAGAGCACUACGGGCACUCCCGUUGAUACUACGACUACGUCUGAGAGCACGACAAGCACUCCCGUUGACACGACUGCUACAUCUCCUGUAGACACCACUCCUGUUGACACCACUACUGCUUCUCCUGUGGACACGACCCCUGUUGACACUACUACUACAUCUCCUGUGGACACGACUCCUGUUGACACCACCACUGCAUCUCCUGUGGACACCACUCCCGUUGACACGACUACUGCAUCUCCUGUGGACACCACUCCAGUUGACACCACUACUACGUCUGAGAGCACUACAAGCACUCCCGUUGACACGACUGCUACAUCUCCUGUAGACACCACUCCUGUUGACACCACUACUGCUUCUCCUGUGGACACCACUCCUGUUGACACCACCACUGCAUCUCCUGUGGAUACGACUCCCGUUGGCACGACUACUACAUCUCCUGUGGACACCACUCCUGUUGACACCAGCUCGACCACUCCCAUCGACACCACUUCUGAAAGUACUACGAGUACUUCUGAAGGCACUGCAAGCACCCCUGUGGACACUACUCCCGUUGACACCACUUCUGAAAGUACUACGAGCACUUCUGAGAGCACUGCAAGCACCCCUGUGGACACUACUCCUGUUGACACGACGACAACCACUCCCGUUGACACCACUGCAUCGACGAGUAGUUCUUCAGUCACCAACCCAACUGACACUUCCGUUGGCACGCCGGUUGAGACCCCGACCACAACGGCAACAAGCUCCUCGACCAGUGCUCCAGUGGAUACUUCCUCCGAGACUCCAGCUGGCACGCCGACUACCACAUCAACCGCUGAGUCUUCGUCCAGCACUUCCAUCGAUACUUCCUCCGAGACUCCAGUUGGCACACCGACUACUACAUCAUCUGGUAGCUCUUCGUCCAGCACUUCCAUCGAUACUUCUUCUGAGACUCCAGCUGGCACGCCGACUACUACAACGACUGCGGGUUCUUCUACCAACAGUCCGAUUGACACCUCUAGUACGGCAACUGAGACCCCGACUACCACGUCAGCCACCAUCUCUUCGUCUAACACUGUCAUCGACACUUUUAUUACCCCGUCUGGCACGCCGACAACUGCAUCAACUACGACUUCUCCUGUCACCACUCCAAUUGACACUCCUACUACGACAUUCUUUUCUCCGAUUGAAAGUUCAACUACCACAUCGACAACGAGCUCUUCAGUCAACACGCCAGUGGACACAUCUGAUACAUCAGCCGGGACCCCGACUACAACAUCGACAGCUAGCUCUUCAGUCAGCACGCCAGUAGACACUUCUGAUACAUCGAGCACCACGUCAAUCACUACUACAUCAACCGGUGGCAGCUCGACUACCAGUUCUUCGGUUAACACCCCUAGUGGUACACCGGUGGGCACACCAACUACCACAUCGACGACAACGUCAGCCACUAUAUCUUCGUCCAACACUGUCAUCGAUACUUUUAUUACCCCGUCUGGCACACCGACUACAUCGACUACUGGCACCGAGAGCAGCUCAACCGACAUUAACAGCUCAACCACCAGCUCUUCAAUCAAUACACCAGUUGGCACACCGACUACAUCGGCUACUAGCUCCGAGAUCAGCUCGACCGGUAUCAUCAGCUCGGCUACCAGCUCUUCAGUUAAUACACCAGUUGGUACACCGACCACAUCGGCUACUAGCUCCGAGAUCAGCUCGACCGAUGUCAGCAGCUCGACUACCAUCUCUUCGUCCAACACUGUCAUCGAUACUUUUAUUACCCCGUCUGGCACACCGACUACAUCGACUACUGGCUCCGAGAUCAGCUCGACCGAUAUAAGCAGCUCGACCACCAGCUCUUCAGUUAAUACACCAGUUGGAACGCCAACUACAUCGGCUACUAGCUCCGAGAUCAGCUCGACCGAUGUCAGCAGCUCGACCGGUAUCAUCAGCUCGACCACCAGCUCUUCGGUCAACACACCGGUUGGCACACCGACUACAUCGACAACUGGCUCCGCGAGCAGCUCAACCGAUAUCAGCAGCUCGACUACCAGCUCUUCAGCUUCAGGCAACACACCAGUUGGUACACCGACUACAUCGGCUACUAGCUCUGAGAUCAGCUCGACCGGUAUCAUCAGCUCGACUACCAGCUCUUCGGUUAGUACACCAGUUGGCACGCCCACUACUGGAUCAACAACCAGUGCAUCGACGAGCAUCUCGGCUGGCAGCUCGACCACUAGCUCGGCCACCAGCUCGAUUACAAGCUCUGGGACCAACGGCCCCGUUACGCCGCCGGGCACACCCACUACUACAUCACCGACCACCGCGUCGACAAGCAGCAGUUCCAACAGCGACUCAACCGCUAGUAGCUUGACUACAACCGUCUCAACGACUGCAACUGGCUCGACAGCGACUGAUUCAACGAAUACACCUGGUUCCACGCCUUCAACUGGCUCGACGACUACAGCCAGUUCGACAGGAACUGGCUCGACAACGGCAAGUGGUUCGACAGAAACUGGCUCGACAACGGCAAGUGGUUCGACAGAAACUGGCUCGACAACGGCAAGUGGUUCGACAGAAACUGGUUCGACAACGGCCAGCUCGGCAGCAACGGAUUCAACGGCUACAACUGGCUCGACAGCGACAGACACAACAUUAACUGACUCGACGGCUUCUGGAUCAACAACCACUGGUUCUACCAACACCGCAUCGACUACGAGUGGCACGGCCAUCACUGAGUCUUCUCAAUCUGCGUCCUCUACAAGCGCUGGUGUAUCGGCGACGAAUGCGCCUUUCAUUGACGGUUACGACUAUCUCGGGUGUUUCGGCUCCCCCGACGGUUUCACAAACUGGGUGGAAGAAGGAAACGAUCCUGAUAUGGAUCCUGCUCUUUGCAUCGCGCUAUCUGGAGGAAAGCAGUACAUUGGUUCUGCUAUGCGGCUGAUAUUAUUGAUGACACGGUUCUUGUGGACGACGCAAAUUGCGAUAUUAUCUGUCCUGGCGAUUUUAACUUCUAUUGCGGUGGAUUGAACAACGGACUCGUCAGAAGAUUUAGUCCCCUGCAUCGAAGAGCCUUGGAUUCUACUAUUCUCCUUACUGUCUACUCUAAGCGGUCAACUGGUAACCCACCUCCUUCAUCAACGACAACCUCCUCAGCGUCAACCUCUGUAGCAACGACCCUUUCAGGCUCAACCCUCUCCACAUCGAUCAUUUCAGCUUCAACUCUCUCCGGAUCAACUGUCUCUGGAUCAAACCCUCCAUCAUCAACACUCUCAGUGUCUGUCACAUCAACUGUAACGGGUCUGCCUGGUUCCGUUGUCACGACUACCUUGACUGACGGAAGUGUCG